CUACUUUUUUGGCUCUUGAAUUUCUUCAGUUUAAUCGAAGAUGAGUCGGCCAAUGGAAGAGGAUGCCCCUGGGAAAAAUGAGGAAGAGGAGUUCAAUACUGGCCCACUUUCCGUCCUGAUGAUGAGUGUUAAGAAUAACACACAGGUGCUCAUCAACUGUAGAAACAACAGGAAACUUCUUGGUCGUGUGAGGGCAUUUGAUCGUCACUGCAACAUGGUGCUUGAAAAUGUUAGAGAAAUGUGGACUGAGGUGCCCAAGACUGGAAAAGGAAAAAGAAGGCUAAUCCUGGCGAGAAUGCCUGCUCCAUAUGGGGAAUCCAGCACGUUCAAGAUGUUCGGCGGCCCAGGGGCAAAUCCUAGGAUUUGA